AUGUGGAUGAAAGAUUGUGAUCAAUGUUCUACAGCAAAACUAGGAGGUUUACAAAUAUGGAUGCAACAUUUAACUGAUGAACAUGCAAUACCAACUGAAUGGCCUAGUGAUAGAGUAUCACGUUUAACUGGUUCUAAUGCAUUACGUCCAUAUACAACAAUAGCUGAAUCUAAAAAGAAACGUAGAAAAGAUAGUAUACCAAGACCAUUGAAUAGUUUUAUGGUAAGUUAUUAUGAAUAA